UUGAUCUUCGCAGUUCUAAAGCGCGACUGUUUGUUACUUUCAAGUCGCGCGGAUCGACACAGCAUAAAGAACUUUUCCUCUCUCGCGCGAGUCUCAAACGCUCGUCUGAGCGCGGAAAACAGCGACAACAACAAUCAAAAGUAGAUUGAUAAAGUUCGUUUAAACGCGUGAAUAUGCCGCAGCUGAACGGUGGAGGGGGAGAUGAUCUCGGGGCGAAUGAUGAGAUGAUCGCGUUUAAACAUGAAGGAGAUCACGAGGAGAAGAUCCGCGAGAGCGCGUUCACGGAGAGCGACCUGGCUGAUCUCAAAUCAUCUCUGGUCAAUGAGUCCGAAAUCAGCCAGAACUCAAACUCUGCCGUGAUCAGAAGAGGACCGCAAGAAGAUCACAGAAUCUACACCGAUAAACGAGAACAUCUGGACGACGUGCCCAAACAUCAAGAUGGUGGAAUGUAUAAAGCGUCGUAUUCUGGAUACCCGUUCCUGAUGCUGCCCGAGCCGUAUCUCCCGAACGGACCCGUCUCUCCAUCUAGGAAGAAACUCCUACAGGUUUGGAACAACAUGAGGUCCAACAAAGUGUCGGUGGUCCAGCAGGGGAUGCAUCCUCUGACGCCGCUGCUGCCCUACGAUCACUUCAACCCCAGUCCUCCACACAUUCCCACAGACGUCAGCCAGAAACCAGGUGUUCACAGGCAUCAGUCGCAGGAAAUCUCCGGUUUCUACCAGCUGCCUCAAGGCCAGAUCACGCCGUCCAUGAACUGGCCCAAUCAGCCUGUCUAUCCUCUGCCCUCCUGCAGCUUCAGACAGUCCUUCUCCUCCAGCCUCCAGAGCAGCUCGUCCUUCCCCAGGUUCUCUCAUUCUCUGAUGCUUCAGCCCGGCAUGCACCCUACAGGCAUCCCACACCCCGCCAUAGUGCCUCCCUCCGGCAAACAGGAGCACGACCAGUUCGACAGGAACAUUUAUGUCAAAUCUCAUCCAGAGGCGAAGCGUGAGAAGGAGCCCAAGAAGCCGGUGAUCAAGAAGCCGCUGAAUGCGUUCAUGCUCUACAUGAAGGAGAUGCGGGCCAAAGUCAUCGCUGAGUGCACGCUGAAGGAGAGCGCCGCCAUCAACCAGAUCCUGGGACGACGGUGGCAUGCUCUGACCCGCGAGGAACAGGCCAAGUACUAUGAACUGGCCCGGAAGGAGCGGCAGCUUCACAUGCAGCUUUAUCCCAGCUGGUCAGCCCGCGACAACUACGGCAAAAAGAAGCGAAGGAAACGAGACAAGCAGGACUCCAGCAUAGACCCCGGCUCGCCAAAGAAAUGCCGUGCUCGCUUUGGCCUCAACCAACAAACAGACUGGUGUGGUCCCUGCAGGAGGAAAAAGAAGUGCAUUCGCUACCUUCAAAGAGGACGCUGCGCCAGCCCCAAUUCUUCCGAUGGAAGUGCUAUAGACUCCCCCAUGACACCUGUCAAUCACCUGCCAAACCCCGCCUCUCCCCCACGAUACCCCGCCUCCCCCACCAGCAGUCCCCUCCCACAGAGCAGCAAAAGCUCCGCCCACCCGCCCAGACUCUCGCUCCACUUCAGCAGAAUUAAAACAGAGACCCACAAUAACCCAGACUGAUGGAGAAUGAUCUCACGGCCACACCUUCUUCAAGUUCUCUUUGCUUCUGUUUCCUCCAGAAAAAAAAAAAAAAAAAAAGUUCACAUGGGGCUUCCUCUCAUCUUUUAGGAAAUCAUAGCAUGAGAUUUCCUCAUGGAUGAAUCUCAUUAAGAAUGUGUUUUUUUUUCCUCUUUUCAUUCAUUUCAAUUACAAAGAAGCAUUUUGUUGUUUCCAUUACCAUAAUGCAAAAAAAGAACAAUUUUGUUACUGUAGUCAACAUUAACACUUUCAUGUCAUGAUACAGUUAAGCAACAUCACACAAGCAAGAGUGCCGUUUUCCCAAAUAUCAGCACGAUUGCAAAUAUGACACUGAUUUUUAAAACAAAACAAAUAAG